AUUUGCUACAGAGUUAUUUCCGUAUAUUUCCUGUCCCCAUUUAGAUGAUCGACGAACAGUUUUUUCAUUUCAAAUCUUAAUUACUCAUUGAUUGGCAGUAGUGUAUCCGGGCGUAACUAGAUCUGAGUUCUUCGGAUUGUAAGGAUGCCGGUAGCAGCUUCUGCUAUUUAUUUCCUCAAUCUCCGUGGCGAUGUUCUUAUCAACCGUCUCUAUCGUGAUGAUGUCGGAGGCAAUAUGGUGGAUGCUUUCCGAACGCAUAUAAUGCAAACAAAAGAACUUGGCAUUUGUCCUGUGCGGCAGAUUGGGGGCUGCUCUUUCUUUUACAUGAGAAUCAGCAAUGUCUACAUUGUGAUUGUUGUCAGCAGCAAUGCUAAUGUUUCUUGCGCAUUCAAGUUUGUUGUUGAGGCAGUUGCAUUAUUUAAAUCUUAUUUCGGUGGUGCUUUCGAUGAAGAUGCUAUCCGCAAUAAUUUUGUUUUAAUAUAUGAACUGUUGGAUGAAAUAAUGGAUUUUGGUUACCCUCAAAACCUUUCCCCUGAAAUCUUGAAGCUGUACAUAACACAGGAAGGUGUACGCUCACCAUUUUCAUCCAAGCCUGCAGACAAACCAGUUCCAAAUGCAACUUUGCAAGUAACUGGUGCUGUUGGCUGGCGCAGGGAAGGUCUUGUCUACAAGAAGAAUGAGGUAUUUCUUGAUAUCGUCGAAAGUGUUAAUCUUCUUAUGUCUUCUAAAGGUAGUGUUCUACGUUGUGAUGUAACUGGGAAGGUUCUCAUGAAAUGCUUCCUUUCUGGAAUGCCUGACUUGAAGUUGGGCUUGAAUGAUAAAAUUGGACUGGAGAAAGAGUCGCAGAUUAAGUCCCGUCCUACUAAGAGUGGAAAGACAAUCGAGCUUGAUGAUGUUACUUUCCACCAAUGUGUAAAUCUAACAAGAUUCAACUCAGAAAAGACCGUUAGUUUUGUUCCUCCGGAUGGUGAAUUUGAAUUAAUGAAGUAAGAUGGUGUUCUAUUCUUUCUUUUUUUAUG